AUGAUCAAGGACUACUUGGAGACCGCCGCGCUGGACAAAAAACUAACCCAAUGUAGCGACUAUAGCUUCCCCACCACUUCUACCACCACAGCCGCUCUCUUUGCUUUCUCCCAAGGAGAGAACGGUACAGACCUGCUCACAAGCUCCGCCUGGUGCCUGCCAGGAGACGGCUCACAAUACCUGACUGAGAUCCACGAUGGGUCAAUAAGCCAUGUGGAUAUUGAGGAAUCCAUGUUUACUUCUGGACAAACCACACCCAAAGGAACCAGGAUCGCUCACGCCCACCAGCCGGUGGAAGCCACAUGGAACACUGCCAGACCAAUGUCCACCAAGAGCCAGGCCAUGUCUCGCAUGAGCUCAAGUACAUCGGGCUGCUCCUCUGCCUCGAAUGGAUCUCAUUUGAUUCAAAACAACCCUAUCGUCGGUGCUAGCCAAGCCUUCCACGAUGACACAGUUCACGUCAUGGGCUCCAUGCAAAGCCUGAACGGGUGUCAAAUGUCAGAGACUGUAGGCUCACCCAUUUGCUGGCCCGGCUAUGGACUUGAUAUCAGCUUGAACGGCGACUGCUGCACCCUUUCUGUCGAGGACAUGAACUCCAUGAACGUUGCACCUUCCCAAGUCACCAUCGGAUUGGACGGACUACCAGCCACUUCUCCUUGCAGUUCUUGGGAUCAUUCGAGCUCGUCUCGCACUUCGUCGCCGCAGAACACCUUUGAUGAGCCGUGGCGCGUAGCCGCCAUGGACAACUCGCCAAUGAACUUCAUGGGUGACGCUACAAGGUAUGUGACGAACUACAGUCAUACAUAUUUCGCCGACGUGGAUUCUCACAGUCAUGGUAGUCCUGAGAACAAACCUCUUCACCUCUCCGAUGUUCAAGACACCAUGGCUCCCUUCGGUGGCGACAUGAACAUUUCUGGCAACUACCAGCAGCGCAGCAGUGUUGAGUCCGACUCCCCUCGCGAAGAUCAUCGUUACAAGAACGCCGUGCGAGGCACGGACGGCUUGUUUCACUGUCCAUGGGAGGGUCAAGCGGGCUGCAGCCACAAACCAGAGAAGCUUAAAUGCAACUACGACAAAUAUGUUGACUCGCACCUGAAGCCGUACAAGUGCAAGGUCGCCAGCUGUGAGGACGCUCGCUUUUCCUCCACUGCCUGCCGUCUCCGCCACGAGCGGGAGGCACAUGGCCUCCAUGGCCAUGGCAACAAGCCAUUCCUGUGCACUCAUGAAGGCUGCGAGCGGGCUCAGGAUGGAAAUGGCUUCCCCAGACAGUGGAACCUCCGCGACCACAUGAAGCGAGUCCACAAUGACGUCGGCGAUGUUCCCGCGCCCGCCCCGGCCCCCGUUGUCAACCCUGCCAAGGGCCGCAAGCGCAAGAACGAGACCCAGGAGGCUCCUGUCGUUGAGCGCAAAGUCCCGACAAAACCAACUCAGCAGCAGAGCGCUCGCAAGAACUCGACAAAGCCCCUUCUCGACGAGUGGCAGGACCACUACCAGGCCCUCCAAGGUAUUCUCCAAGGAAUGGUCGCCCCGGGUGAUCACAGAAACAUCGUCCAGCUUGAUGAAGUGCAGAAGCGUUCCGUCGAGAUGGCCAAGAUCACCUCUCAGCUCGUGUCUGUGUCCAAGCUGCCGCGCGAUACCGAGUCGAAGAAGGGCUACAACUCUGGUGAUUGA